AUGCCGAACGCGGACGCCCCUGGCCACACGCCCACCACCUCGGCUGGCCUGGGCGACGUGCCUGCGCGCGGCAUGCUGCGCCCGCCGUCCGGCUCCCGCCGCCAGAUGAGCGUGCAGGGCCAGGAGGGAGGCGAGCCGAGUGAGUUCACGACCAUGGUCCAGGCGGUCAUGUCGUCGCAGCGCAACGUCAUGUGCGCGCUGCUGCAGCGCCUGAUCUCCAUCGGACGCGUGAACCGCGGCAUCCUCCUCCCGCACGUCCUGGAGGACGAGCUCCACGACAUCGUCAACAAACAGGACUCCGGCCACGAGCUCCUGUCGUCGGACUUCUUCCUGACGUGGAAGCAGUGGGCGCAGGAGGUCGCGGUGCUCGGAAACAGCAUCAUUGUAGCGCUGCGGCCCCAGGUGGGGCUGUGGUCGUACGUGUGCCUCAACGCGCACUCGAUGAGCUGCGAGGACAUCACUGUCUCGCAGUUCCUGCGCCUCAAGGAGCGCCUCAUCAAGCUCGAGACCGAGGAGGGGAAGCCCGUCGUGGAGAACAAGCUGGUCAGUCUCGCGGACGACCCGUUCACGCUCGAGAUCGACAUGGAGCCGUUCAACAACGACUUCCCGAAAAUGACGCGCUCGUCCUGGAUCGGCCAGGGCGUCCAGUUCCUCAACAGGUACCUGUGCGCGCAGCUCUUCGGCGCGCAGCGCGCCCGCAGCACGUCGGCGUCGUCGGUGGCGGUGCAGUCCUUCGACAUGCUCCUGGAGUUCAUGCGCACGCUCGAGCACAAGGGCGAGUCGAUCCUGCUCGACCCCGAGCGCAUCAAGACGGCGCGGCAGCUCUCGACCGCGCUCGCGCGCGCGGACCGCGUCCUGAACGCGCACGACGAGCAGCACGCCCACGGCGACGAGCGCCACGAGAAGCACGCCGUGCGCGCCGUGAUGGCGCGCCUCAAGGACCUCGGCUUCCAGAACGGCUGGGGCAACACCGUCGCGCGCAUCCGCGAGACGUUCCACCUCCUGCAAGAUCUGAUGCAAGCGCCCGAGGAGUCGACGCUCAAGAACUUCCUCGCGCGGCUCCCGAUGGUGUUCAGCGUGGUCAUCAUGUCCCCGCACGGCUUCUUCGGGCAGUCGGACGUCCUCGGGCUCCCGGACACGGGCGGCCAGGUGGUAUACAUCCUUGACCAGGUCAAAGCGCUGGAGCGGGAGAUGGCGCGCCGGAUCCACGAGGCCGGGCUCGACGCGACGCCGCGGAUCCUCGUCGUCACGCGCCUGAUCCCCGAGGCGCGCGGGACGACGUGCGACCAGCCGCGCGAGAAGAUCCACGGAUGCGAGCACUCGAUGAUCGUCCGCGUGCCGUUCCGGGACGGGAGCGGGAUCGUGCGGCCGUGGGUGUCGCGGUUCGACGUGUGGCCGUACAUGGAGCAGUUCACGCUGGACGUCGCGAGCGAGGUGCGCGCGGAGCUCGGGGGGAAGCCCGAUUUCAUCAUUGGCAACUACAGCGACGGAAACCUCGUGGCGAGUCUCCUGGCGACGCGGAUGGGCGUGACGCAGUGCAACAUCGCGCACGCGCUGGAGAAGACCAAGUACCCGUACGCGGACAUCUACUGGAUGAACCAGGAGGAGAAGUACCACUUUUCGUGCCAGUUCACUGCGGACCUGAUCGCCAUGAACACGGCGGACUUUAUCAUCACGUCGACGUACCAGGAGAUCGCGGGGACGCGGGACACCGUCGGGCAGUACGAGAGCCACCAGCACUUCACGAUGCCCGGGCUGUACCGCGUCGUCAAGGGCAUCGACGUCUUCGACCCCAAGUUCAACAUCGUGAGCCCCGGCGCGGACCAGGAGGUCUACUUCCCGUACACGGACAAGGAGCGCCGCCUCACGGCGCUGCACCCGGAGUUCGACGAGCUGCUGUACGGCCCCGAGGGCGACGGGCAGACGGCGGUGGGCUACAUCAGCGACCCGAGCAAGCCCGUGCUGUUCACGAUGGCGCGGCUCGACAAGGUGAAGAACCUCACGGGGCUCGCGGAGUGGUACGCGCGCUCCGACAAGCUGCGCGAGCUGUGCAACCUGGUGAUCAUCGGCGGGGUGGUGGACCCGGACAAGAGCGGGGACCGCGAGGAGCGCGACCAGUGCGAGCGCAUGCACGAGCUCGUCAAGAAGUACGACAUGCGCGGCAGCUUCCGCUGGAUCGUGAAGCAGACCAACCGCGUGCGCAACGGCGAGCUGUACCGGUACAUCGCGGACCGCCGCGGCGCGUUCGUGCAGCCCGCGCUGUACGAGGCCUUCGGGCUCACCGUGAUCGAGGCCAUGACGUGCGGCCUCCCGACCUUCGCGACCAACCGCGGUGGUCCCGCCGAGGUGAUCAAGCCGGGGGUGUCUGGGUUCAAUAUCGACCCGUACCACGGCGACCGGGCGGCGCAGAUGAUGGCGAACUUCUUCGAGCGCUGCCAGCGGGAGCCGGAGCACUGGGACAAGAUCUCCAAGGGCGCGAUCGACCGAAUCAUGAACAAUUAUACCUGGGAGAUUUACGCCGACCGGCUGCUGACGCUGCAGAACAUCUACUCGUUCUGGGGCCACGCGACGCGCCUGGCGCGCACCGACGCGCGGCGCUACCUCGAGAUGUUCUACAUGCUCAAGAUGCGGCCCCUGGUCAAGACAGUCCCCACGGUGGACCGGCAAAACACCCCCUCCAUCCUCGAGACGGCCGGGCCGCUGCACGGCGCGGAGGACUGCGGCCCGCCGAUGCACGACGUGACGCCCUCGGGCGCGACGUCCUUCCCGGACCGUCGCUCCUCAGGCCUCAUCGCGACGUCGGCGGGGAGGGCGGUGCCGAAGAUCGCGACGCCCUCCGUCGACGUGAACGACCCGCACCUGCCGCUGUCGUCGCCGUCUUUCAACCGCGGGCUCCUGCACCUGUAG